GAAAUCAUUCUAAGUUUGCAAGAAUUAUUUCCCCAAACUUGCAGAGGAUUAUAACAAAGACCUAGAGACUUCUCCAAGACUGAAAUACCGAGAGCAAGAGGAAUAUCUCUGAAAAACCUUCUCAUGUUAAGCCAAGAACAAAGUUUCCACCAAAGUACAGAUUGAUGAAUCUGCCAAUAAUUAUUAAUUUUUUGUUAAAUAUUGCCAUUAUGAAACUCUGGCAAACUGGGAUUAGAAAUUGAAGGCUCUAAGGCAGCCUCAGGAUAGUUCUAAUAAUGAUUGGGACCUCUCAUAGCUUCUACAGGCUGUUUGAAAUUUUUGGCCUUGUAAUACCAUUAUACAUUCCAUCAGAGCCUGGACCAAAACACCUCAGAGAGUUCAUUAAAGUUAUUAAUUGGCAGUCUUCUUCAGAGACCAAAUUUACAAGUUAA